AUGCAAGAAAUAUGCAACACCGCCGCGCUGCCGCUCGACAGUAACCCCUUGGUUCGCAAAAUAAAAUGCGAAGAGUUCCCUGUCAGAGGAAAACAACCACCAAGAAUUGGCAUGGGGGUGCGCGAUGAAAUGGAAGAGGAGUUUGCGGUGAAAACGAGGAAUACACCGCCAAUGGGCCCUGCACCGGGACAAGAGCAUCCGCGCAUGGAACAUGGGGGCAAUGGUUUCUGGCUGGCAGCAGUCACAGCUGCUGGGGCUCCCCAUCCCAUGCUCGAAACUUGUACGGAAACUGGCUUUAUUAACAGUCAGCCUUCGAUGGCAGAAUUCAUGACUGCAUUACCCCAAUUAGGGGGUGGUGAAUUAAGUCCACAACACACUCCACCCGGGUAUGCUCCAGAUCUUCCAUCUCCUGGCGGUGGCCUCAACGUGCCUGAAUAUCCGUGGAUGAAAGAGAAAAAGACGACCAGAAAGAACAGCCAACAAGAGAAUGGUUUGCCUCGUCGACUACGGACAGCCUAUACAAACACACAAUUGUUGGAGUUAGAAAAAGAAUUUCACUUUAACAAGUAUCUUUGCAGACCGAGAAGAAUUGAGAUUGCUGCGUCACUAGACCUCACAGAAAGACAGGUCAAAGUGUGGUUUCAAAAUCGUCGUAUGAAACACAAGAGGCAAACCCUAAGCAAAAGUGAAGAUGGUGACGACAAAGACUCUACAACAUCAGAAGGAGGCAAGAGUUCUAAAACAGGGUUGGAAAAAUUCCUAGACGACGAUGGUCCAUUAUCCGGUAAAAAAAGCUGCCAAGGCUGUGAGCUACCACCGGGUGCUUUGUGCUCACCAGCUGAAGAUCUUCCCGAACUAGCAUCACGGACAAGAAACAAUAAUACACCGAGUGCUACUAACAACAACAGCUUUGCAAGUGAUGGCGCUUCAAGCGUGGCCUCUUCGUCUUCUCUCGAUAAGCUGGCUGAAGAAGAUUCUAGAGAAGGAUUACUACCAUCGAAUGCCGCCACGACAGCUCCUAGAAAUCUAGCCAAGCGUAUAAAACAAGAAUCAAGAAAACGCUCUCCGUCAUUAGAUGCAACAGGAUGCAAAGUUUCACCGUCUUCAUCAAAAGAUGGCCUCGUUGGUGCGACAGGUAUAACCGAUGGUGGCAAAUUUUCAUCGGUUAAUUUAACCCCGUCAUCUACUCCAGGUACACCUUCCAGUGUGCAUCAGAGUCCGCUAGGACUAUACCCUCGACCAUCACCACCACAUGUGCCCCCUGGCCCUCCGCUACCUCAAGCCGUACCUAACGCUAUGCCUCCCUACGUUAUAAGAGGAAACGCUCCACCUGGUCAAUUCGUCCCUCAUCCAGACUUUCGUAUGGAUGCGAAACAAUUUGUUGGUAAAUUAGCGCAAUAUCAACAAAACAGUAGAUCUUAUGAGGCAUAUGGACCAACUUUGCAAGGAAGUGAUCAACACGUGUACGUACGAAAUCAACAACACUCGAGACAGCAAGAAGGAUCGCCCGGUACAAGACCAACAAAUGGUUUAGGAUCGAGGCAAUCUUACCCACAUGAAAUGUAUCAAAACUAUGGAUAUGCAAAUUACAACAAAGAUCAAGUUGCAUACGGCCAUCCCGGAUACGAUCAAACGCAAGGAUAUCCUGGAGAACAUAUGGGUUAUCCGAACAGUCACUACGGGUACCAUUACCACGAAAGCGGAACCCACGAUCAUACUCACGCCUAUUACAGUAGUGAUGGGCAAAAAAGUGUACAUGCUAAUGAUUACACUAAAAAUGCUUAUUACGAUACUAACUCAUACAGUAGCCAACAAAAUGCCCCAAAUACGACGAAUUAUGCGGCCAGCGGACCGCAGGGGCCUACUCCAAGUGAGGCAUAUGGGGGCACAGGAGAGUGCGGAGAUGGAUACGGUUCUUUCCAACAAUUUUAUGAAGCGACACACAACACUCCUGCCACGGGUGACAAUUCCAACUCAUCAUCAGAUUUUCAUUUCCUAAGCAACUUAGCAAACGAUUUCGCUCCGGAAUAUUACACCAUUUGA